GCUCCAUGCAUCACACAGUGUACUGUAGGACCCCACCUACACACACACACACACACACACACACAGACACGCACACCCGCAGACAAGUCACACUCUGAGACUAGGUGUACAACAAGAGAGAACUACCUGUCCUGUACUCUUGGCUGGAUGUUUAGGACGGAGAGUACGUUUUGCAGAGGAUAAUUGGGGGGCUGUUAGAUGGCUCAGGUUUGAAGGCGAGUUUGUGGCGGUAAAAGCGAGGACGUUCAGCAGGAAACCAGAGAUAAAUAGAGGCAAACCAAGAUGUGGGUAGAGCUGAUCUCCCCUCUCAGGAAAGUGACAGAAAGAUCUUUUCAACUUUACAACAAAGAGGAUCCCACACUUUGAUGGGACCAUGGUUAUGUUGAAGAUCUCCGCUUUCCUUGUUGCCUACGCCCUGGUCAUUUGCCAGAUGUACUGCUCACAAGCCGCCCCUGCCAGACCAGGUUUAGAAUCCAUGUCGGGCCGAGUCACGCUCACGGACUACGAGGCGCGAAGGUUACUCAACGCCAUUGUGAAGGAGUUUGUGCAGAUGACAGCAGAGGAACUGGAGCAGCAGGCAACUGAGGGAAACAGCAUGGACAGGCCCCUAACCAAGCGCUGCUCCAACCUCAGCACCUGUGUGUUGGGCAAACUGUCUCAGGAGCUGCACAAGUUGCAGACGUUCCCUCGCACAAACGUCGGAGCAGGAACGCCUGGCAAGAAGCGCAGUGCGCCUGAGAGUGACAGCUAUGCAAGUUACGGAGACACAUUUGACAGCAUCUAAAUCCUCCUCAUAUUCCCUCAGACCAUAUUCCUCCUUUCCUUUGCUUUCUUUUUUCUCUUGUGUCCUGUCUUCUCCCCUGUCCUCCGUCUCUUUUUAUCCCACAUUCUUCCUUAUCAUUUUGGACUGGCAAGUGCAUGAUUUUAUCUGCUCGACUGACAUGAGCAGUAUACGUCCUCUACCUGCAACCAACAUUUCAGUCCUGUCCCCUCCCUUAUUUUGACAGAGAAUGAUUUGUCCCUACAUCAUUUCGGACAAUCAGAUGUUUUCAUAGAUAAUUCAGGAGCUGGUUCAGACAUAGAUCCUUGUGUGUUGUAUGUGGAGUCAAUUGAUGGCCAUUCAAAGCCCCUGAGUUGAGAGAGAUCACUGAAUCAAACCAUAAAUAAAUUAUCCACUCAUGCGACACCAUGUUUGUUGUUCAAUAAACGUAUUUUUCUACCAGAAA